GCCAUGUCGGGUUCCUACGAUGAGUCUGCAGCAGCCGCGGAGGAAACGACCGACAGCUUCUGGGAGGUGGGGAACUACAAGCGCACAGUGAAGCGGAUCGACGAUGGGCACCGGCUCUGUAAUGACCUCAUGAACUGCGUGCACGAGAGGGCCAAGAUCGAGAAGUCCUAUGCCCAGCAACUCACUGACUGGUCCAAGAGGUGGAGGCAGCUCAUUGAGAAAGGCCCCCAAUAUGGCAGCCUGGAGAAGGCAUGGGGUGCCAUCAUGACAGAGGCAGACAAGGUGAGUGAGCUGCACCAGGAGGUGAAGAACAGCCUGCUGAACGAUGACUUUGAGAAGGUCAAGAACUGGCAGAAGGAUGCUUACCACAAGCAGAUCAUGGGAGGCUUCAAGGAGGCCAAGGAGGCAGAGGAUGGCUUCCGGAAAGCACAGAAACCCUGGGCUAAGAAGCUUAAGGAGCUGGAGACAGCCAAGAAAGCCUACCACUUGGCCUGCAAGGAGGAGAAGCUGGCAAUGACCCGGGAAGCCAACAGCAAGGCAGAGCAGUCCAACACCCCCGAGCAGCAGAAGAAGCUCCAAGACAAAGUAGAAAAGUGCAAGCAAGAUGUGCAAAAGACUCAGGAGAAGUAUGAGAAGGUUUUGGAUGAGCUGAACAAGUGCACCCCGCAGUACAUCGAGAGUAUGGAGCAGGUCUUUGAGCAGUGCCAGCAGUUUGAGGAGAAGAGGCUCAACUUCCUCAAGGAAGUGCUCCUGGACAUCAAGAGGCACCUGAACCUGGCAGAGAGCAGCAGCUAUGCCAAUGUCUACCGGGAGCUGGAGCAGACCAUCCGCCUCUCGGAUGCGCAGGAGGAUCUCCGGUGGUUCCGCAGCACCAGUGGCCCCGGGAUGCCCAUGAACUGGCCCCAGUUUGAGGAGUGGAACCCGGACCUGACGCACACGAUAACACGAAAAGAGAAGCUGAAGAAGGGCGAGGGGGUGACCCUGACCAACACCAGCAGUGGGAGCGAGACGGGGGCGCAGGGAGGGGAGCGUGGGAGUGUAAGCAGCCAUGACCGUGGCCAGACCUACAGUGCAGAAUGGUCCGACGAUGAAGGCAGCAACUCCUUCAAUACCAAUGAGGCCAAUGGUGGCACCAACCCCUUCGACGAGGAGCCGUCGGGGAAGGGCGUGCGGGUGCGGGCUCUGUACGACUACGACGGGCAGGAGCAGGAUGAGCUCAGCUUCAAAGCAGGUGAUGAACUAACCAAACUAGGAGAAGAAGAUGAGCAAGGAUGGUGCAAAGGGCGCUUGGACAACGGGCAGCUAGGUCUCUACCCAGCCAACUAUGUGGAGGCUAUCUAA